AUGCCUGCGGGCGCGGGGAGGCGUGGCCUCCCCCAGGGCCUCAGUCUUUGGUGGCUGCUCUGCGCUUUCGCCUUAAAGUUCUGCCACGCAGAGUCUCCAGUUCUGGAGGAGAAGCAAUCAGUGAGCAUCUCAAACUUGCGGUGCUGGCAGGUAGAAGAGUUUGUGAUAGCAGAAGAGUGUGCCCCAUGUUCUAAUUUCCAGGCUAAAACCAUCCCUGAGUGCAGCUCCACAGGCUAUGUGGAGAAAAUCACAUGCAGCUCAUCUAAAAGGAAUGAAUUCAAAAGCUGCCGUUCAGCGGUGAUGGAACAACAUUUAUUCUGGAAAUUUGAAGGGACUGUCAUGGGUGUGGCCUUGGUCUUCGCUUGCCUUGUCAUCGUUCGUCAACGACUAUUGGACAGGAAGGCUUUGGAAAAGGUCCGGAAGCAAAUCGAAUCCAUAUAG